ACUCACUUUGUGGUACUAACAGAGCAGCAGCAGUGCAGACGGAAUAUAUAUGAUUUUGGAAAAUGCUUGGAAUUCAUCUGAAGAUCUACACAAGCAUAUCCGGCCAGCUGCUAUAUGUGAUCAAGUUCAUAUCUCAGGUCAAAUCUCUCUUUCGACAGAAGCAUUGAAACUCACGUCCGAGCAAGGAGCGUGAUAAUUCUUGAAGCGGUAAUUAUUCGAACAGUAGACACGCGUCCAGUUACUGGAACCUCCCACCAAAAGCAUUCCCCACUUUGUUUCUAUCAAGGUACAAACGUGUCAACUUUUUUGUCUCAGUGCUAUUUACGUGUCCACCUUCUCAUUGGCUAUCCCAUGCACACCAAUCAGGACACACAAUUUGCCUGGAUACGCUGUUUUAUUAUUGGACCCACCCAAUCACUCUCCACCAAUUAAAUCUAUUCACUAUACUACGUUUGCCCUAGACACGUGGACUUACUUCACCCCAUCACUGUUCUGUAACUAUGAUAAUCUGCUCGGUUACCGGUCAUAUAUUAUUAUUUCAGUCUAAAAACAGCUCUUUGAGAGAGUUUGUCAGCCGUGAUGGACGGUGGAGAUUGUUGGCCCGGUGCUAGGUACGCAGGUGGACCGCAGGAUACGACGAUAAUGAACCGGAUAAUGCUAAGAUUCCGACCGAUCGCACCUAAACCGGUUGCUAACGGUUCAUAUCCUGGAUCUACAUCGGAAGGAAACAAGAUGGAACUUCUUACCAAAAGAAGAGUGAAGAGAAAGUACGUUAGAGUUAAGAAAAAUAGCAAGUGCAAGAAUAACAAAGACGACGAAGCUAAAAAAGACGGAUCCUUGCAGUUUGGUGAUAACAGUACUGUUUUAACCCUUCAGUUGAUGCCAGAAAGCAGUAGCGGCGUUAAGAAAAACCCACAAACUAUUGGAUCUCGACCUUUCUGGAUGAACUUUCAGAAAUCGGAGAAUAAUGAUAUUUUAACCGUAGGAUCGGUGGAUCAGGUAGAUCGGACGGUUGAGAUGCAGAAAAAGAGAGUUGUAGAGUCAUGGGUGAUGGUGGACCGAAUAACAAACACGUUCGUAGAUGGAGAAGCGUUAGGUAGUACGGACAUGGAGAAGAUGAAGAAUCUAGAAGCUGACACGUGUCCAGGCCUUAUAUCUGACGGCUUAGAUAGGGUUCAGUGGGUGAAUCUGGCGUAUAGGAGAAUGGUUGAUCCUCUAGAAGGUUCUGGAACGAUACCGGAGCUGGUGACGUGGCUGGUAGUGAAGGAGAAAAUAGAUUUGUCUUCUUCUUUGCCAGCUUUUGCAUGCACUGUGAGGAUACUGUAUAUGAAGAACUCAGAGACAAUGCCGUGUGAUGUAUGGAAGAUGGAAUUUGGAGGAUUUGCAUGGAGGUUUGAUGCUAAAGCUGCUCUUAGAUUGGGUCGUUAAUGAAGAAACAAAAAACCUGCAGCAAUAAAGGAUAAUCAAAAGCUAGCUAGCAGGUAAUAAAACUUUGUUAUAUACUAUAUGAUUAUCAGCCGAAAUCUUGGCAACCUAAUGCAAAAUAAUUAGUGGUAAUUGUGCUUCUUUUGCGCAAUAAAAUCUCGUGCAAACCAUGAUACUUGUGGUUUAAUUCGAUACUUAUUAUAAGUUGUAAAAAGAGUUUGUUCAGAUAUCGUGAAUUGUGAAAUCAAUGACAUGCUUUUGCUUAA